CUUUCGAAGUUAGAACUCUAAGAUGGGUUACUUUAUUUCGAGAGAAUACUUCUGGUCUUUUCACCCUUACAAGUCAACUCCUAUUCAUAUUUACCUUUGAAUUAUUGAUCAAGUCCUUUGAGGCAUCUGGAAUUACAUUGAAUCCUGAUGGUAGUAAGAAUUAUAAAAUGUUAAGCUGUUUACAAGCUAUUAUUAAAAAUCGUAUAGAUGAUAUAGACUUAAACAGAAAAGAUACUAGUAAUAAUUUGGUGGUAGUUGCUGAAGAUAGUGAAGAAGCAUUUGAUAAUGAAGUAUUUGAUGAAGAGAUAGUUGAUGAAGAAAUGUUUAGUAAUUAUGAAGAAAUGAUGAUCGAUGAAGGAAUGUUUAAUGAAGAAAUGAAAUAA